AUGAGAUCUUCAACAGCAAAUUAUGAACUGGCCGUACAGAGCAACAGCUGCUGUGAUCCUCUUAAAAUAACAAUUAAAGAUUCUCCUUGGAGGCCCAAUAUUACAAUCCCGGGUAAUCUGAAGGAGAAGGAGUCUGUCACUAUAACCUGCUCAGCUCUCACUCCCUGUCCACACUCCCCUCCUCAACUCACCUGGAAUCUCACACAAGACUCUGACAACAAAACAGAGGAAAACACAGAUGGAAGCUUUACAACUAAAAUCCAGCAGACCAUCACUCUGUCAGACACACAUGAUGGAAAGAAGAUCAGCUGCUCUGCCAGAUAUCCUGUGAACCAAGGAAAAGACACCAAGACAGCAGAGACAGAAGAGACUCUCAGUGUUUCAUAUGUUCCUAAAAACACCUCAGCAUCCAUCAGUCCAUCAGGUUUGGUGUCAGCAGGCAGCUGGGUGAAGCUGACCUGCUCCAGCAGAGCCAAACCUCCAGUCAGCAGCUUCACCUGGUUCAAGAAGAGCAGAGAUGGAGCUGUGAAAGUAUCUGAAGGAGAGAUUUACAGCUUCAAUGUAACAGAUGGAGGAGUUUAUUACUGUGUGGCCACUAAUGAUCUGGGUAAUCAGACAUCAGCAGAGAUUCAUGUGACUGUUGCAGGACAUCAGAAUAGUGGUUCUUUACCACUGAGUCUGCUUCUUGGAGGCAUCCUUGGGUUCAUCUUACUGAUCUGUUUGAUUAUCUUUGCUUUCACAGCUCUCAGGUUGUUAAAGUACCAAACUCAGCAAGAGACUCAGAGUCAAACAAGUGAAGAGCUGGUUGUUGAAGAGCCGACAAGUAAAACAGAAGGAGGGGAAGAAAACAUCCAUUAUGGAGAGAUCAACUUCUCUGUGCUGGGAUAUGAAGCAUCCUCUGUCUCAGUGCAGGACACAGGACAGCAGCAGGAUACGGUGUACGCACAGGUGAAAGUCAACAAGCCAAAAAACAGCUUAACACAGAGAGCUCGUGGCCAAGAGGAACUCUACGCUGAGGUCAGAAAAAGUGAGAACAGCUGUGUUAAGACAUUAACAAAGAAAUACAGAGAUCAAUGAAGUAAACCCAACAAACCACUUCCUGCACAUUUUGGGGGGUUUUCUGCUUUCCUUUAAAACUUCAUUUAGCUGCUUUCAUAUCUGUCUCACUAGUGGAAUAAAGUUUUUCUAAGAUUUCUGGAAACAUCACUGGAUCAGAAACAUCACCAGCAUGAUGUUGAGAGUUCACCUGUAAAGUGAUAAUCUGACCAGCUCUCAUUAAGGUUGCCAGUCAGAUACUUCCAGAUCACCUCACUUCAUUAGGAAUCUCCCUCUAAUCAAAUAUUACUUUUUGACUACACCCAACGUUUCAUGGAACAGAGAAAGUUUCUGAUGAACUGUAAUCCAACACAUAUUGCUUCAUGCUCUGUUGUAAAGCUUACAAAACAGUAUUGCAAUUCAUACAAUAGUGUCUCCCUAAUCUCGGGCUGCAACAUCUAAAAGGAAGGCAAACUCCACAUGAAAAUAUAAAUUGAUUUACAAAAAAAUCUUAAGAGUUAGAAAUUGUAAACUUCAAAUAUUUGCAGAUUUUGUUUUAGUCUGAUGGUCAGCCCUCAUUUAUGAGCAUAUACCACUGCCCAGUCCACAAAACACUGACUCCUACAAAUAGUCCUCCGAGUGAUAUGAUCCAGAU